AUAGGAACCAUCUUUAACGAACAGCGAGAAAGGAAAACGUUUAUUUGAAAUGUUUCCUUUAACAUUCCUGAUUAUAUUUCAGAAUAUUCCAACAUGGAUGAGCAAUCAAGUUCCAAAUAUCAUAACAUCAUACAAUUAUGAUGUACAUCCAGUCCUUAAAUGUCCAGAGAAUGCGAGCCAGUGGGGUCUAGCCUCAGAAAGAUUGAACUGUACAACAGACGAUACCCAAAAAUAUAGGUAUCACUGCAUGCCAGACAGGGACAAGAGAAGGCUAUUAGAGUUUUGUUAUCCCCGAGUGCGCUUUCCUAUGAUUCCAGGUUUUUGUAUUGUUUUGUUUAACAAUGGAUACAUGUCCAAAAACCAGGACACAAACUGUACAGUUUUUACCAAUAACAGUUGUCCUGACAAAAAGUACUACAGUGACAACAUGUACAAGUAUCCAGCGUGUUCCCUGAUAAAUCCACAAUACCAGUGCUAUAAAUUUGAUCCAUCAUGUCCUCCAGAGGACCAGUUUACAAAUCCAAACAUGGAACCAACAGCAGCUAGUGGAGAUGAUGCGUACAAGAUUGCAUUGCCAGUGGUUUUUGUUUUAAUCGGUGUUGUCACUGUUUUGACCUGUUGGUGCAAAAGACAAAAGAUACUUCAAACGUGGAAUACAUUUCGUGGUUUUAGUGAUGUUGAAAACCAAUUUCAAGAAGAAGGCGAAGCCUUAGUGAGCAUAGGUGGACAAGGAGAAGAAAUUCAUAUUCAAAGCGAUUUUCUAAAAGAGUGGCAGUUGGAUGACGUGCUAUUUUACGAUGGAAUUGGCGCUGUUGAAGAACUGGAGGAACGACUCUUAAAGAAUAACAUUAUCAUGGUUGUUGGAGGACCCGGUCUUGGUAAGACUUCUCUUGUUCGUCAUAUUGCCCUGAAAUGGCAUAACCAAAAGCGAGAGGAAACUGGAAAAGAAUUAAAGAGUUGGGAAAUAUUUGUGGUACCUACGUUUGAAGAACUCCAUAGCAUAUAUAAAGCUAACGAGCAGUCAAAGGACCUACAAAUGUAUAUUUUUGAUGAUCCAAUUGGCAUUCAUCUUUUAAGGAAGAGAGAGCUUUCAUCUCUCUUUGCCCUCUGCAACAAUGAAAUCUUGUUUGUUAAAAAACAAACAAAUAAAAAACUUUUGAUGACAUGCAGAAGAAUGAUUUAUGAGGAGACCAAAGAAAGCAUGCCAAAAAUCGAAUCAUUUGUGUUGGACAUUGAAAGUAGAAAAAAUAAAUUUACAGAAAAAAGCAAGGAAAACAUAUUCAAGAAACACUGUGGUGAAUUGGAUUAUUCCCCCAUUCGUUCGUGUCCAGACACAUUGUUUCCGCUUCUUUGUAGACUUUAUGCAAAGCGCAAGGAUCAGGAUAUUUUCGAGUUCUUUGCAAAACCGUUUGAAUGUCUUCAGUUGGAAUUUGAAAAUAUGAAGCAUCAGGAUCCUAUAAUGUAUUUUGCAUUGGUCCUCUGUAUGCUUAAUAAAGGGAAAAUCCCUACAAAUGAAAAUAAUACAAAUGAAACAUGCUUACUAGGAACGGAGGUACUUGUUAAGUGUUUGGAUUGUGAAUGGUCAAUGAAAGACAUUGGAAGAAAACUUGCGAACGCUAUUGGAACUUACAUUAAAAUUUCGGAAUCUAAUUUUGUAUUUAUUCAUGAUUUCAUGUCGGAAAGUCUUGCCAUACAUUUUGGAUAUACUUAUCCCGAACAUAUACUAGAGUACAUGAGUGUAGGCUUUAUAUUGAAAUUCUUAAAAAUAGACGAUGAAAAAAAAUCACACAAUGCUUGUAUUGUACUUCAACCUAACAGUCAUGAAAAAAACAUUUCAUUGCUUGCAAAAAGAAUACUUAAGGAUAUCGAACAGUUACAUCUCAGUAUUUUUACACACAGCUGUUGGGAAUCCCAAUCCUUUCAACGAGAAUUUUCAGCUUUCCUUGAUGCUGAAAAAUAUACUGAUAUUUACAGAACGUUCUUGGAUACGCGAGAUUGUCAAGAAAGUACAGAAAAUUCUCAGGAUUUCCCAAAAUCUAUUCGGCUAGAAUCUGGUACUGCAGAGUGGUAUCGAAAUGAAUUAUUAUGGAAUAAAAUCUACAAGAAAGAAUCUGAUUAUUCUUAUGACAUCAGACCUUUGCGCUGGAUCGUUGCAAACGCACGAACAUUUCUUCUUCGAUAUUUAAUUUCUAGGGUUGCCAAAAACAACGAGAAUACCUCUAAAAUGUUUGGAGAAGAUGAAGAACAAAGCCUUCUUCUUGUUUUAGCUUGUUUUAGUCGUGACCGAGAUAUGGUAGAAAUUGUGUUUACAAAUAUAAAAAAUAAGGACAAUAUCAAUCGGUCUUGCGUUUCAAAGAGUAUUGAAGAAAAGUAUAAUCCACACAGAGAAUUUACGCCCUUGGCUGCUGCCUGUCAUGCAAAUACUCCUUCAAUAGUUCAGUUCCUAAUAGAUCAAAAGGCAGAGGUGUUCUUUUCAACAGAUACAACAGAAACCUCGCUCUUAUACAGAUCACUGUGCUUUCAAAAAUACGAAAUUUGCCUUCUCUUGGUAAAUGGAGGUGCGAAUCUCAAAAUCAAAGAUGAAAAACAAAGAACGUUGUUGCAUAUUUCGGCAUCAAAAGGUGAUGAAGCAUUACCUAUAAUAGAAAAGUUGAAACAAAAAGGAUUAGAUAUUAAUGAGAAGGAUAUAGAUGGCAAGUCACCUAUUUAUUAUGCAUUAGAACGGGAACAUGCACUUUCACUGAAAGCAAGGGUGGAUGAAAAUAAAGAUGACCUAGAUUAUUACAAGUCAACCCUGGCACUACUUAAAGAAGGUGCCAAACCAGACCUCUGGGACUCUCAACGUAGAUCUCCGAUAUACUCAUUGUUUAAUCGUGAGCAAAAAUGUACUGAUAUUAUGCAACAGUUGGUCAAAUAUGGAUUAGACGUGAAUUUCAUGGACAAAAAUGGAGCUUCACUUCUUCAUUAUGCAGUUCUUUCGGGCGAUAAAAGUUUUGUUGAAUGUGUAUUGCAGGCCAGAAAACCAGCAAAUAUUAAUUUGAAAGAUAAAACGGGUAGAUCGGCAUUGUAUAAGGCAACGGAAAAAGGAUUUUUAGACAUUGUAGAACUUCUAAUAGCACAUAAAGCAGAAGUGAACUUGACAGACAAUAAGAAACUCACUCCCCUUUAUCAGGCAGUCAAUAGAGACUUCGUCAAUUUGGUUGAAAUUCUAGUUGAAAAUGGGGCCAACGUGAAUGAAAAAUACGAGAAAAAAAGGAACACAACACCUUUGCAUAUAGCAGCUAAAAAGGGCCACACUGAAAUAAGUAAAUAUUUGUUACAGAGAGGAACUGACCGUUCUUUGAAAGAUAGCGGAGGUAAAUCACCUAAAAACGUUGCCUCAGAGGAAGGCCAUUAUAUACUGGAAAACUUACUCAUGUAAUUUCUUCAGAAGCGUUUAAAGAAUAAAAUGACUGUGUGACUGAUACUUCUGUUGUUAACGUGGAAUUCUAAACGAAACAUGAAGCGAUUGAUUUUAAUUUCUAGAUCAACUAAACGAAAAAUUCGUGAGAGUUUUGGGGAUAAAAGUUUGUCAAGCGUUUUCGCUAUGUCUUUUAGUUUUUCAACUUCUGAUGAUGAUCCAUUAAGAUACCGAGUAUCGUUGAAUGAAGGGAAUUCAGUCUUACAUAAAUACAAUGUAUUUCUACAAAUGAUAUGAAAACUGAAAAGGGAGUCGCUGAUAAACCUUGAUUAAGGUUUCUUUAAAAUCUUUCGUGAGGAUGGAGUUGGCCGUAAUAGGAAUAUGUUACUAUUGCAAACAUCUUUUACAUCCAGAACAGGAAACAUUUUUAAAAUCAUGUGCAAUCACCCCCCUGUGAAAUCGUUAAAAGUCUGAGUCUGCAAAUAGCUAGUAUGGGCAACAUGUAUGUAUAAAUGUUCAAAAAAGUUAAUAUGAAGCAGUGCAACUCAUCAGGGGUGCAAAGAUUUACAAAAGAAUUUCAGAGGGAAGAAUUCAAAUAUUUCUAAAAUACAACACUUUUUGCCAUGUCAUGGAGAUUUCUUGAAAGCCUUUUGAUGAUUUUUGAAUCAGACUUUUUCAAAAACAUUUAAGCUGUAAUAUUUUAUAUUAAAUAGAACAUAAUUUUUUUUG